GACUUCAGUACAUCACGCCCCGUGCCAAACUAAACAUGUCGAAAUAAAUAAAACACGCUGUAUUAUUGAGCUCCGGAAGUGUAAAAAAUAAUGUAAGAAUUAGCUAAACAUCGAGGGUAUUUUCGAAGAAAUUUUGGUGUGCAAAGUAGUGUGUUAAUAUGGAUACAAUCAAAGUUGUCGGAGAUUUCGUGAGGGAGAGAUCCCCGUUUUCUCUGGACACAUGGUUCGGGCGGCCGAAGAAGGCGGGCGCGCCGCCGGAGCGCGGGUACGACACGGUGCCGCGCGCCGACUUGCGCCCCGACGACGACGAGUCCAGCGAGUACGCGCGCAAGAUAGACGACCUCGACGACCAGCAGCUGGAGAGCCGCUUCGAGGAGAUGCUGACGGAUAUGAACAUUGCUGAGAAGAAGAAGGAACCGCUGAGGAAGUAUUCUAGGGAUCAGAAGAAGAAAAUGCUUGUCGCUUAUAAGUUUGUAAAUGCACAGGAGGGUCGUUCGAAAUUUGAAAAGCCGUCCGACUACGUGUCAUAUUUAAACCAGCCGGAGCUGUCUGUGGGCAAGCUGCACAGCUGCCUCGAGAACCUGAGGAUAUCGCUCACUAACAACCCCCUGUCAUGGAUAGAAGAGUUCGGAACUAAGGGCAUAGAGAGUUUACUGACUACCCUCAAUAUUUGUUAUACGAAUGACUCCCGCUACGACCGAGUGCAGUACGAGUGCAUAAGAUGUCUGUCGGCCAUCUUGAACAACACGGUCGGUAUUCGCGCGGUUUUUGAGUGCCGGGAAGCGCUGCCCGUGCUCGCCCGGAGCUUGGACGCCAGGAAACCGCACUGUGCUUUAGAAGCUGCUAAGGUCCUAGCCGCCAUAUGUUUGAUACCGAACGGCCAUGAGAAGGUUCUGGAAGCGAUCACGAUGGCGGGCGAGUCGAGCCGGCGACCGCGUCUGCUGCCUAUCAUUGAGGGGCUAGAGGCCAAGGCGCCGGAGAGUUUGAAGAAUGGCUGUAUGCAGUUGAUGAACGCCAUCAUCACAGAACCAGAGGAGUUAGAAUUCAGAAUGCACCUCCGAAGUGAAUUCAUGAGGACGGGAUUAUAUGACUUAAUAGAGGAGUUGCGAGCGGGCGCGGCGGAGGGCGGGCGACAGAUACAGAUGAACGUGUUCGACUCGCACGCCGCCGCCGAUCAGGACGAGUUCCUCGCCAAGUUCGACGACGUCAGGGUAGACUUCAACGAUGUAAACGAGUGCUUUGAGCUGGUGAAGAACUUGGUAAUGGAGACGCCGGCGGAGCCCUACCUGCUGUCAAUACUGCAGCACCUUCUAUUUAUCAGAGAUGACGAGCUUAUAAGACCGGCGUUCUACAAGCUUGUGGAAGAGUGUGUGACGCAGAUCGUUCUGCACAAAAACGGCUACGACCCCGACUUCCGGCUCACGCAGCGAUUCAAUAUCGAUGUGCAACCGCUUAUAGAUGGUCUCAUAGAAAAGUCUCGGGCGGAAGAAGAAAGAAAGGUUGAGGAGCUGAAGGGUAAACUGGAGGCGGCGAUAGCGGCGCGGCAGGAGGCGGAGGCGCGCGCGGCGCAUCUCGAGGAGCGGUUGCGGGGCGCUGCGCAGCCCAGCGGCCCCGGCGGCGUCAGCCCCGGCAAGAUCGCUGCUAUCGCGCAGGUAAUCGGCAGUCCCGGCGGACCACCACCGCCGCCCCCGCCACCCAUGCCUGGAGGCGGCGGUCCGCCUCCCCCGCCGCCACCUCCUAUGCCAGGCGGAGCUCCGCCUCCCCCACCGCCUCCGCCAAUGCCAGGUGGUGGUGGCCCCCCUCCCCCGCCGCCGCCGCCGAUGCCGGGUGGAGCGCGCGCGCCGCCGCCGCCGCCCAUGCCGGGUAUGGGCCCGCCCCCGCCGCCGCCCAUGAUGGGCAUGGGGCCCCGCCCACCGCCUCCGCCAGGCGGUAUGAUGGCGCCUAGGAUGCCUCAACCGGACAUCCUACCAUACGGACUCAAGCCUAAGAAGAAGUGGGAGGUAGAGGGACCACUAAAGAGGGCAAACUGGAAAACUAUUGUGCCACAGAAAAUGUCCGCGAAAGCUUUCUGGGUUAAGGUUCAAGAAGACAAGCUGGCUUCGCCUGAUAUUCUGACUGGGUUGGCGCAGAGGUUUUCUAGCAAGCCGGUCGCUAAGAGAAAUGAAGAUGCAGUAGACAAAGUUCAUACAAUGAAGAAAGUGAAGGAUCUAAAGGUGUUGGACAGCAAAGCGGCACAGAAUCUGUCUAUUCUACUGGGCGGUUCAUUGAAGCACAUGUCUUAUGAGCACAUACGGACAUGUAUACUGCGGUGUGAUACCACUGUACUUACUGCCAAUGUUUUGGAUCUACUUAUACAGUACCUGCCACCAGCGGAUCAGCUGAAGAAGCUAUCAGAGCUGAAAUGCUCGAGCGGUGACCUGACUGAGGCGGAGCAGUUCGCGGCGACGGUGGCGGACAUCAAGCGGCUAGUCCCGCGCCUGCGCAGUCUAGCGUUCAGGGAACACUACGCUGAGAUCAUAUCGGAGGUUAAACCGGACAUAGUAUCGGGGACGGCGGCGUGCGAAGAAGUGAAGUCGAGCGGCAAGUUCGCCAAGAUACUAGAAUUGCUGCUACUGCUGGGAAAUUACAUGAACACCGGCUCCAACAACGCUGGCGCUUACGGUUUCGAAAUUAGCUUCUUGACUAAGUUGACGGCGACGAAGGACCUGGAGAACAAGCAGACGCUGCUGCAUUACCUCGUCAACACCAUCGAGACCAAGUUCCCCGACGUGCUCGCCUUCGCCGACGAGAUGCCGCACCUCGACAGGGCGGCGCGCGUGUCGAUGGAGAAUCUCCAGAAGGCGCUGAAGAAGAUGGACAACGACAUCCGCGCGCUGGAGACCGACCUCAACAACUCGCGCGUGCAGCAGAGCCCCGACGACCUCUUCACAGAGACCAUGAGCAAUUUCGCGAAAGAAGCGCGCGAACAGUGCGACCUCUUGCACUCGAUGUUCAAGAAGAUGGAGUUGCUGUACGGCGAGCUGGCGGAGUACUACGUGUUCGACCCGCACAAGUACACGCUCGAGGAGUUCUUCUCAGAUAUCAAGACUUUCAAGGACUCGUUCGCGAGCGCGUACCAAGAGAACGUGGUAGCCCGCGAGACGGAGGAGCGCGCGCGGCGGGCCCGGGACGCGCGCGCCGCCGCCGAGCGCGAGCGCCGCGACCGACAGCACCGAUACAAGCAGUUCGUCGACAUGGACCACGCGCAGGAAGGCGUUAUGGACAGUUUGAUGGAAGCUCUACAGAGCGGUUCCGCGUUCAGUAGAGAGCGGCCGCGGAAGAAGGCGAACCCGAGAGUGGCUGGAGCUGAGAGACGCGCUCAGCUGAACCGGUCGCGGUCGCGGUCGGGGCUGACCGGCGCGCUCACCACACGGGAGCUGACCAAUGAGUUGCUGAGUAACGCGUGAUAGCUUUACAGUGAUAUUAGCAGUUUAUUUAUAGUUAUAUUCGUCAGUAAGUGAAUUAGCGUGCGACAGUGAUAGAUUUUGUAUUCGAGGGCAUUUUUGUAUGAGAUUAAUCGGUGUUUUAUACUGGUCGACUUGUAAUAUAUUUAGGGCCUAAGCUAAGUGGUAUUUUUGUUAACUCUUUAAUGUGGGCCAAUAAACUUUUCAUCAGUUUUAGCCGGCGUAUAGGGUGAUUGUAUUGUCCGAUAAACGCGUGGGCCUAAUUUGGUCAGGUUAUGUCAAGUCCUGCCGAAAGUUCACCACUAAAAUUGACUUAACAUAAGCUGAACAGCUAACAUAGGUCUGCUCUGUCUUGUCUUAUACAAUAAUAAUUAUUGACGUUAUUGAGUACGUCAUCGCGCCAUACGCCGCGCUGUAGUACCGUAUGUAAUGAUAUCAGAAAAUGUCUUCCUUUUUCGAUAAAUCGGCUUUGAAUUUAGAAUAUCAGAAAUAUACUGUAGUGAUGAGCAUGAAGACAAUGAUCACUAUUUUCACUAAUCUAUAGAAACAGUAGCCAAACAAAUAGUACUUAAAUGCCCCAACGGGCGUAGAUUUGAGUGGAUUGACUACAAUUUUAAUAUUUAAAAAAAUCUUUUUGGGUUGGGUUCUAACUUUUACGGCACUUUUGGGGUUCUAAGGUAUUGGUAUAGAGCAGAAUUCAUACAAAUCUUAACAUUUUAUACGAUUUUCUAUGCCUUGAUGCGUCAUUUAAUCUUCAACAUUUUCAUUCGCUGCAACUUCACAAGGGAGUUUCGUAAGGCUGUUCACUCAAAACUAUGCCAGAUGUUAUUAUAUGUGUGUAAUAUACGAAGUAGUGAGAAAAUAUAAUUGUGCCUUUUUUAUUACGUCAAAUGCGACAUACUAUUUAGUUUUCGUUCAAUACUACACAAAUAUAAUAACAUAAAGUAGUGUAAGUGUUAAUUUUUACUGUAUCAAACUAUGUACGAUGUAUAUAAUUUUUUAAACGAUCUGCAAAUUUGAUAGUCGCGAAAUAUGUGUAUACGCUAACGACUUUUUGAGUAUUUCUUAUUUUAUUUUGUAAAUGUUUUGUUAUUAUUUCUUAAGAAGAUCUAAUAAUAAUUAUAUUACUUAUGUCUAAUUAUGAGAUUAUAAUUAUUUAGCAGGAUCGAAAUAAAGCGAAUGCUAAUGAAAAAAUAGAGCUGACAACUGUCUGUUAACUUUAGUCUGAAAAUAACGAAAUUUCUAGCUUACCUUAGAUAGUAGUGUAUGUAUACAUAUUUUAGUUGUCUCUCAUAAUACGCUUUUAAAAGUUUAUUGAAUACCUUUAUAUAUUUAAACUACUAGAAAAAUCAACGAAUUUUUAGUACGUGUUUGACGACGCUGUCCAUAUUGAAAGCUCAAAUAUUCGUAGAAUUUUGAUUGUAUACUUAAUAAAUAUAAUAUUUUGUAGCAAAAACAAGACUUAACUUCUAAAAGUAUAUGGAAUUUCGACUGUGAGUUAAGAAAAGGAAGUCUCUUUAAUAUUUUGGUAGUUUUGUCACAUUAUAUUUUUUCUUUCUUUGCAAUAUAUUGUCAGAGUGUGGAUUAUUUGUUUGUAAAACGUUUAAACAGUAUACAAUAACAAAUAUUACUACUAUAUUUUACAGUCUUAUCCUCCAAUGUGAUCUGUAAAUACUAUUUAGGUGCACUCACUGACAGUCGACAGAGGACAUCUUUUAACUUAAGUGAUAAGAUCAAAAAGCAAUAAUGUUUUAUAAAUAACUGUUUAAAAUUUUACAACACAACUUUUACGGAACUUACAAGUUGUAUUAUAUUUACUAUGACAAUCGUCCAUUUUACCUCAGAUUCACGCACAAAUUAACUGACAACAAUAUAAUAUUACUUACAAAAACUUUUGCACCCUUUUAUCAGAUUAAAAUAUAAAUUUAUUAGGUAUUUUCAGAUUUAUAAUAAUAAAUCAACAUUUAACUACAUAAAGUACACUUUUCUAUAAAUUUAUUACAAAAAAGAUAAAUAACAAAUGAUAGAAAUAGAUAAAGAUAAAUAUCCCCAUCCCGUUCACAUCCUUCGAUAAUGUUCUAUUUUAACCACUCAUCCUAAUUUAUCUUAGAACAUUUUGUAUGUGUUGGUGAGGAAAUUGUGUCAUUAAGUUAUUCGUUCCAUUGUUUUAGCUUUUAAUAUACUCAAUAUUGUAUUAUUGUAGAUUAUGUAUAGAUUUUU